AUGGGUAGACGGAAGAUUGAAAUUCAACCUUUGACUGAUGAAAGAAAUAGGACCGUUACUUUUAUUAAACGUAAAGCUGGUCUUUUAAAGAAAGCUCAUGAAUUAGCUGUUUUAUGUCAAGUUGAUGUAACAUUACUUAUUAUUGGUCCAAAUAAUACAUUAUAUGAAUUUUCUUCAGUUGAUACAACUGAUUUAAUUGAUCAUUAUCUUAAUGAUAAGACAAUGAUUCGUGAAAUUAAAGGACCUGAAGAUUUUGGAAAUUAUAAAAAAAAUAAGAAUGUUUAUCAAGAAAAUCUAGUAUCAGAUAGUGGUUUAAUUGAAGAACAAAUAUCGAAGAAGAGAAGAUUAUCAAUGAUUAAUAACAAUAAUUCAACAUAUUUAAGUCAAAAUGAUAGUGAUGACAGCGAUAGUAAUGAUAAUAUUAGUUCUAAUACAAUAUCAAAUAAUUCAACUAGUCAUACAAGAAAUAGUUCUUUAGGAAGAAAUAAAGGAAAUACAAGAACAUCAAAUCAUCAAAAUGCAAGAUCAAAUGAUACUAGUUAUCUUUCUACUUCAUUUCAAGAAUCAAGUGAUAGAGAUCUCAAACAUCAUUUACAAAAUCAAAUUAAAGGUUAUGGUAUUCUAUCAAAUACGGGACAUCAAAUGAUACGACAACCUGGCAAUGAUCAACAACAUCUAUCAAAUAAUGAUCCAUUAAAUGAUGAGAUAUCAAGUAAUAAACCAGACGGAAAUAUGAUUGGUACGCCAUCUAUUAAUACACAACAAAAUAUUACCUCUGGUUCAGGAAGCACGCACUCUUCAGUAUCACAUAACGAUACACAUGAACAAAAUAAGAAAACAGGUGCAAGACCAGUGUUAAGAGUAGAAAUACCAAAUAAUAAUGUCAUCAGUAAUAAUGCAAUUCAAAGUGAACCAUCAUCAUCUACUGUAUCUGUAACUACUGCAAAUAUUUAUGGUAGUAAUGGCUCAUCUCAAUAUUUUAAGAAAUUGAAUAACGACGGGAAAGGUUUGGCAAAUAUUACUACUAAAAUGGAAUCACCAGUAUCCGGAACAGGUAAUGCAUUGUCAUUAGAUAAAGGUAAUGAUUCAUCAAAAGUCCCGUUGAAGGCCCCUAAUAGUACAACUUUUUCAUUUUCCAAUGGUCUCCCUCCUUUAUUUUCAAGUACAUCUGCUGUACCACCAUAUGUUGCCACACCUUUACAAGGAUCAAAUAAUGGCAAUAAUAAUAGUAACAGCAACAACAACAACAAUAACAACAAUCCAAUGAACUUCUCUGGAAAUAACUCGAGCAGCCCUAUUCAAGCGCAAAUACUCCCCAUACAGAAACAACUACCAUCUAACCAAACACAACGUUACAACCAACAAAUUCCAUUUAAUCCACCUCAGUUAGGGUCGGCUAGAAUAUUCUCCCCUACCGGAGGGUUAGGAAAUGUAACGAAAAUGGGCGUACAGGAUCAUAUGAUGAAUGGCCCUCCAACAGGUUCGUUACCUUCCAAGUUUGCCAAUGAAUUAAUGAUGCCUUCCCCAAAUGGAUCUAUAUCAAUGUUCCAGGAUUGGAGUCUAGGAUCGGGAAAUAAUGCGAAUGGAGCUAAUGGUCAAAAUAGUAGUACAUUGGGUGGAAAUAAUAUGGCAAAUAAUACUGGAGGUAUCUCUGGAACUAAUAACGCAAAUAAUGGUAACCCCUUCCCUACAUCAAGUAAUGGCAACACUGGUCUCACACCGUACCUAAAUGCCGGUCAAACACCUUUAGCCAACAGAUUUUUCAAUUUUGCAGGUGAUGUGGUCAACGAUGAUUCUGGUGCUAAUAACAGUAUAAAGAACCUGAAAAAGGAAGAGUGA